GUGCCCCGCUGACGUCUCUGGGUGGGUGAGUCGGGGAAUUCCACCAUAUGAGGCGAACAGAGCCGUGCGCUGUGCCCGCCCUCCACCUCCUCCCCUCGGUGAGAUGUCUGGCGCUGCACGCUGCACACCCUUACUAGCUGACAGAGGAGCGAGUGCUGCUGGAGCUCCCGGCUCUCCGUCCCCCGCUCACCUCAGGUUCUUCCAGAAACUCUCCGCUUCUCCCCAUGUUCGGACCGGAUAAACUGGGGUUCGAAAUGGAUUUCGGCUUUAGGAAUACGGCUUCUCUGGGGGACUUUAACCCCUUCAGUGCCAGCAUCCCAGCUACCAAAGUGGAGUUAACCAUUUCAUGCAGGAAUCUUUUGGACAGAGAUACAUUUUCCAAAUCUGAUCCAUUAUGUGUAUUGUAUACGCAAGGUAUUGGAAACAAGGAAUGGAGAGAGUUUGGCAGGACAGAAGUUAUCGACAACACGUUGAACCCAGACUUUGUAAAAAAAUUUAUAAUGGAUUACUUCUUUGAGGAAAGACAGAAUCUGCGAUUUGAUUUGUAUGAUGUUGACUCAAAGAGUCCCAAUUUAGCAAAGCAUGAUUUUCUUGGUCAGAUGUUUUGUACUUUGGGUGAAAUAGUUGGAUCUCAAGGAAGUAAACUUGAGAAGCCUGUAACAGGAAUUCCAGGAAAAAACUGUGGAACUAUCAUAGUUACUGCUGAAGAGCUGAACAACUGCCGGGAUGCUGUGUUAAUGCAGUUUUGUGCCAAUAAACUUGACAAGAAAGACUUUUUUGGAAAGUCUGACCCAUUUCUAGUGUUUUACCGAAGCAAUGAAGAUGGAAGCUUCACAAUUUGCCACAAGACAGAAGUAGUAAAGAACACAUUAAACCCGGUGUGGCAGGCUUUCAAGAUUCCAGUUAGAGCGUUGUGCAAUGGGGAUUUUGACAGAACAAUUAAAGUGGAAGUCUAUGACUGGGAUAGAGAUGGAAGCCAUGAUUACAUUGGAGAAUUCUCAACAAGCUACAGAGAGUUGUCUAGAGGACAGUCACAGUUCAAUGUAUAUGAGGUAAUAAAUGCCAAGAAAAAAGGAAAAAAGAAAAAGUAUCUGAAUUCAGGAACUGUUACUUUGCUUUCCUUUCUGGUGGAAACAGAAGUUUCAUUCCUUGAUUACAUUAAAGGAGGGACGCAAAUCAAUUUCACCGUUGCCAUAGACUUCACAGCAUCAAACGGAAACCCUGCACAGCCCACCUCUCUGCAUUACAUGAAUCCUUAUCAGCUGAAUGCAUAUGGCAUGGCACUAAAAGCAGUUGGAGAAAUUAUUCAGGAUUAUGACAGUGAUAAAAUGUUUCCCGCAUUAGGCUUUGGAGCAAAGUUGCCACCUGAUGGAAGAGUAUGUCAUGAAUUUGCUCUGAAUGGCAAUCCACAAAACCCAUACUGUCAUGGAAUUGAAGGUGUGAUGGAAGCAUAUUACAGAAGCUUGAAAAGUGUACAGCUAUAUGGACCUACAAAUUUCGCUCCUGUAAUUAAUCAUGUAGCAAGAUACGCUGCCUCAAUAAAAGAUGGCUCCCAGUACUUUAUUCUGCUGAUUAUAACAGAUGGAGUUAUUUCUGAUAUGGCUCAGACAAAGGAAGCAAUAGUCAAUGCUUCCAAGCUUCCAAUGUCCAUUAUUAUUGUAGGAGUGGGACCUGCAGAAUUUGAUGCAAUGGUAGAAUUGGAUGGUGAUGAAGUCCGGGUUUCAUCAAGAGGACGGUAUGCAGAAAGGGACAUUGUGCAGUUUGUACCUUUUCGUGACUACAUUGACAGAACCGGAAACCAUGUGUUGAGCAUGGCACGAUUAGCCAAGGAUGUCUUAGCUGAGAUUCCAGACCAGUUUCUCUUGUACAUGCGAUCUAGAGGAUUCAAGCCAUUUCCAGCUCCACCACCAUACACACCAACCGGGCACCUAUUACAGACUCAGAUCUGACUAAAGUACAGUUCUUCCAACUUAUUCUCGCAAGCUGCCUGGUCAGCUUCAAAGUAAGGUGCACUAAAACUGAACUUUUGACAGACCUGUGUAUUUGGAAAAGCAUCUGCUUUUUGGAUCUAGAGGAUUCUGUUUACAGACCAAAACUGUAAAUAUGAGUGCAAGAGAAAAUAGAAAGAUUUUAAUACUCGUCAGGAAAAAAAACAAAAACUGUUUCCUAUCUGAGUCUUAUUUUUGUGAUCAUUCAUUUUUAUUCGAGUUUCGAACUGUUGGGGGAAGCACAAAUCACACUUUUAAUCCAAACCUUAUUGUUAUCCCUGACUGAGAUCUACUUAUGUGGGAAUGCAAUUCCUUGGUGUCAAUGUUUACAUGUUACUAAUUUUUAACUUUAAGUACUUUUGUAAUUAUUCUUAAACAAAAAAGUUUGAAAUUGUAGGAAAUCCAGUGUCUUCUACCUGGCAAUUAAUAUAGCCACAAAAAGCAAUAUCCAUUUAAGAAUCUCUUACACAAACCAAGAAUUAAGCUCUGGCACAGUUUGUUUGUUUUUUAAAGAAGAAGUAAACCCUGAACUCUGGCACUUAUUACCAGUCAUCAGAUGAAACAUAGUUUAAAACACAACUCUUUUUUAGACACACAAAAAAAAAAAAAAUGAAAUGUGAGAAUUUGGGGAAAACCAAAACAAAGUAUUCUCUAGAAAGAGUAUCUCAGAAACACUGCAUUGUCAGAUUAACAUAGACAAUGACAAGUGAUAAAAAAAAAAAAGCAUCUACAUGCCUGAAUGACUGUUUUCUUUUUUCUUUGUAAUUAUUUGUAUUGUUUUAAUAAGAUGCAUGGUGUCUUAAUCUGUGUGUCAAAAACAGAACUCAACAUAUUGGGGUUUAUUGUUAGCACUUAAUCACAUUAACGCCAUAACGUAUAGGUAGGUGGAAAUGUGUGAAGAUGUGUUGAAAACCUGUCUUCCAUUGCUCUACAUGAGUAAUGCUAAUGUAGGAGCGUUUGGAGUAUUGAGGUCUCAGAGAAAUGCGUGAGAAAAGCACGUGUGUGUAACUCUAUACACAAAAACUAUGUUUACUAAAUUACCCAAAUACAUAUAUAUGCUUAAUCAUAUAUAAUAGUACAAUGUUUUUCUGCAUGUACAGUUUCUACAGCAUAUUCCACAGUUUUGUGCAACUCUGUGUCAAAUACAAUACAUUAUUCUAGAACUAAUGGCCUUAAACACACACCCAGUUCCUCAAAAUGAUUGUGAAUUGCCUUUAAAUGAUGGAAACUAUUCUAUCUUUUUGUGUCAACCUUGUAACUGCUUUGUAAUGUAAUUUGAUUUGCAUAAUAUAUGCAUAAAUAUUUUGUCUAUUUCUAUGAUGUACUGUUCAAAGAUAAAUUAUUGUAAUUAGCCCUUUCUUUUGUAAGCAUGGUAAAAGGUAUUUUGCAGAAUUAAAUUAUAUCUGCGAUUUUAGAAGAUAUAUAUACUUAUGUAAUGCGAUAUAUUAAUUUUUUAUUAUAUUAAAAUGAUUGAAACACUCA